AUGCAGCAACAGGGACAAAACACCGAGCGAUAUAGCUCAUGGCGGCCUAAUUCAUCGCACCCCAAAUUGCGAAAUCUCAAAGUCAACUUCGUGAGUGCCGGUUGUAUGCGACUGGGUGAACUUAAGGUUCCGGCACCACAGGAUGAGCAACAAGGCAUACAGCAACUGAAAAUGGAGGGGGAAGCUACUGCAAAAGACUCAAAUGACACCCCAGAACCUCCAGAUAUGCUGCCAGACAAAAAUGACCUCUUUUUCAUCGACCUAGAUGGAGAGAGGCAUACCACAUCGAUUUCUGAAACCAGAUCAAUUGUCGUGUCGCGGUCGCCAAGCGUAUCAAAUAGCAGCGAGGAUGAGGUAGUAUUCACAGGAAGAAGCAAUUACUGGAGUCGUUCUCGCCACUCUCAUGAUCGAAGCUCACAGACGUCACCCGUAUCGGCUACAGUUGUCAACACAACGUCAGAAAUUGUGACACCGAGAGAUGAACUUCACUUCACUGUAACCCAAAAGUUCCCGCGAAGGAAGACUACCUACAAGGAGCCGUCGCUAUUGACAACGCCUAUCGGAGAUGGACCAAGCGUGAAUGAAACGAUAAAGUUAAAUAAAAACCUGUCAAGGCGCAGAAGAAGGCGGCGCCGGAACGACUUGCUGGCAGACGAAGCAGAAAUAAUUUCCGAUUACAUAGCGAAUAUGGAUAAGGAUGAAGAAAGCUUAGCUGAACUAUCCACGGAAUCCCUCAUGCCCGAGGACAGUCCGGACAUAGAUCACGUCCGCGGGCUGAGGCCAGGGUCUCCCACUCCGGGUGGUCUCAGGUACCUGGAAGAUAUGCAUAUCUCAGACGACCAAUCCUCUGGAAACAUGGGGGAAGACCCCAAAUCUCUGCCAAUGAAAUGUGCUGCGUGGGAAGAUAACCAAAGUGUGGAAUUAGACGAUGAGGGUUCAGCAGGACUCGAUGCCGAGGAAUUGAGUGAUGACAGGGAUGAUAUAUCCGACGAUGCAGUGGAUUCAGAGAGUUCUGAGGGUUUAUUACCUGUCGUCCAAGAACAUCGUUUUACAGAAGGGGGACGAAGGAGCAAGAGAUCGCGAAAACAAAAUUUGACAUCGGCGCCAACGUUUGCUGAUGCACUUGAGCAAGACUCUUAUCUUGGUUUUGAUAUAAUGGACUUCGAUCGACCGAGUCUCAGGAAGAAAUCAAAGGGCAGCCAUCAUGUUUCUAAUUUCGAACCCAGCGACAGCGACUUAGAACUGCAAUUGGAAAGGGCCUGGGAAAAUGACCGAUCAAAAAAGAAAGCUAGAAAGCAACAGAGGGAGCAACUUCGCUCACAAGGAUUACUAGGAAGGAAGACAGGGAAAACAGAUUGGAAAAAGUAUGCACUAGGAAUGAGCAUGGAAGACCUGAAGGCGGAAGUGAAAGCUUUUCUACUGUCCUCCUCGGAGAGCCUACCUUUACCGCCCAUGAAUAAAAAACAUAGAAGGGUUGUGCAUGAACUUGCCAACGCCAUGUCUCUAAAGUCACAAUCCAGAGGAAAUGGUGCUGCUAGAUUCCCAGUGCUUUACAAAACGUCUCGUACCCUCAAGUUUACCGACAGAAACAUUUCCAAAGUCGAUGAAAUAUUCUCUCAACGACGAUUCAGUCGCCGCAUGGGCAUUUCCGGAGAAAACAAGGGCCCAAGCUCGUACAGCAAAGGUCGCCGUAACCGACCUAAUGCGGCUGUAUCAUAUGCGGAUGGUGAUAUUGUAGGUGCGUCUGCGCCAGAGAUCGGCGCAGACAAUAAGGGGAGAGCGAUGCUGGAGAAAAUGGGAUGGAGCAGUGGGACUGCUCUUGGAGCCUUGAAUAAUAAGGGCAUUCUACAGCCUGUGGCACAUGUUGUUAAAAAUUCCCGUGCUGGGUUAGGUUAG